AUGGCGAUUGAUAUCGCUAUAGAAUGUCGGGCAGAGUAUGGUGUUGGUACAUGCAUCAUUCUAUUGCGUUUCUUCACCAGAUGUAAGACGGUCGGAUGGCGAAAUCUUUAUUGGGACGAUUUUUUCGCUUUUACCGCGUGGGUUUUCUUCACUCUCAUCUAUGCAAUGGUUGAGUUCCUUGGUGUUGUUGGUGCUCCAAUUGCAAUGACCCAAGAGCAACGUGAAGCACUGCCCGACGCAAUGAAGAAGUCAUUUCGGGAGGGUGCGAAGGGAAUGUUUGCAUCUUUUUAUUUUCUCAUUUUUCUAGUAUGGAGUUUAAAAGGCACAUUGAUCUUUCUUUUCCUCCAUCUGACAAAAAAUACGAAAAUGCAUCGAUACGUUCAAGCUGUCGGAGUCGUCUCGAUCGUCUGUUGUGUUGCAGCCCUCAUAACUCAAACUACCCACUGCCUUCCAUUGAAGCGUAACUGGCAGAUUCUUCCUGAUCCUGGCAAAGAAUGCUCUGCGGGAAUCAUUAUCAAUAUUGUCAUCGCCAUCGGUAAUGUUCUAGUGGACUGUCUUUUACUUGUUGUGCCCAUCAAGAUGCUCAAGGAUGCUCACAUGAGUUUGUGGCGAAAAGCUAGAAUCAUGUUUCUUCUCUCCCUAGGCCUAUUCGUCAUAGGCAUGGCCAUUGCACGAUGCAUCCUUUCGAUCGGAACCUCUGUGCAAGUAGCUCUAGCCUCUGUAUGGGCUCAAAGAGAAGCACUUGUGUCCAUCUUCGCGGUCAACGCACCUGUUCUCAAUACCCUAUUUAAGAGAGAAACCUGGACAACCCAAAAGUCAAAUUCGAAGUAUAGCAACGGAUACGCAUCGAAUGGAGGGCACUCUAAAGGGAACGAUAGUACUCUCGGACCGAAGAAACAUGACCAUAUCGAGAUUUACAAGAUGACAGACAUCGAGACGAGCAGCAGGGAAUCAACCUCAGAGUUGGUGAAUGCUUCGAUGGUGGAGUGGCAAAGCCAUGCACGUUCGGGAAAGAAGAGUGGCAGCUACAGUGGGCCAAUGGGGUAA